AUGUUCGCCAAGUUCGCCACCGUCUUCGCCCUUGCCUCCGUCGUUGUGGCCGCUCCGGUCCCGCAGCUCCUGGGCUCCCUCCCCAUUGUCGGCCCCAUCCUCGACCCCAUCGUCAGCGGCCUCCCUAUCGUCGGCCCCAUCCUGGCCGGCAGUGGCGCCAGCGGCAGCGGCAGUGCCGCGGGCGGAGGCCUCCUCGGCUCCCUCCCCAUCGUGGGCCCCAUCCUCGGGGACCUGCCGAUCGUCGGUGGGCUCACCGUCUCGACGGGCCUCGCGAGCCUCCCCAUCCCGAGCCUGCCGUCCAUUGCGACGUCCAUCGACGUCUCGAUCCCCGUUGCGCUCCCCACCGGCCUGCCCCUUGGCCUCGCGUCUGACAAGGCUGAUGUGGUCGACGACGCUCUGUCGCUCCCCAUCCCGACUGGCAUUAUCCCCUCCGGCAUUAUCCCCUCUGGCAUUAUCCCCUCCGGCAUCCUCCCCACCGACAUCCUUCCGACGGGCAUCCUCCCUACUGGCAUCAUCCCGACUGGCCUUCCUGCUCUCCCGACUGGCCUUCCCGCCCUCCCGUCGCUCCCCAUCCCGUCGCUUCCCAUCCCGUCGCUCCCUAUCCCGUCUCUCCCCAUCCCCUCCCUCCCGCUCGGUCUCGCGGUCCCCACCCCCGCUGCUGAGCAGUGA